AUGGAGGCUACUCAAGAAUCUACCCAACCAUGCGCGGACCCUCGCCGGAUGGGGCUGAACAACUCUGGCCUUCACGAACAGGAUCUGGCCGAUAUCAUCUGUAUCCUGCAUCCGAACUCCCAUGCAGCGCAUGACGCGGUGGCUGCCACGGCCACCCUAGGCAAUCAACACAUCCUACAACAAGAUGUCUUGGAUUUCGAAACGUCCGAGACUGCGGCGCUUGAUGUUGCCUUAAGGUUGUCAUCUCAGGUUUGCGACCUCGGGGUGGGCUUCUGCUUUGGUCGCAACCGCGCUCGCUGCGACGUUCUCCUGGCAGUCGACGAUGAAGCCAAGCGAGUGUCCAACACCCAUUUCCGGAUCUACCUGACUGGCGACGGUAUCAUCAUGUUGCAAGACACGUCUACCAACGGUACCAUAGUAGACAACUGCCGCCUCCGGAAGAAUCAGAAGGAGAACAGUCGGAUGCUCACCAACGGCUCUGUCAUUCAAGUGGUGACUGGAAACCAAGGAUCUGAUGAGGUGCGAUUCGUCGUGCGAAUUCCAUCUCGUGAAGGCUUCGCCGUUCAAUACACUCAGAAUGUCCUUCGUUACUUCGAGCGCGUGCAGCAGGUGGCAGGGGCCAUGCAGCUUAAGAAUCGGAAUGGCCCCGCUCCACCUGUGCUAUCGUGGUCGGUCGCAAAUACCUACGGCAUGCAUUGGACGGGCGGUUCGAUGUACAACGUGACCGGGCAAAUCGGAAAAGGCGCCUUCGCAACUGUCUACAAGUUGGCUACCAAACAGCAUGGUGCGAUUUAUGCGGCUAAAGAGCUGGACAAACGUCGGUUCAUGAAGAAUGGUAUCCUGGAUCAAAAGGUCGAUAAUGAGAUGAAGAUUAUGCGUGAUUUGAAACAUCCCAACAUCGUUCAAUAUAUCGAGCAUCAUGAACACGACCGAUGGAUCUACAUCAUCAUGGAGUACGUUCCUGGAGGUGAGCUGUCUACAUAUCUGUCCAGCCACGGCAAGAUUGCAGAGGACAUGGUGCGGACAAUCGCCCGCCAACUCUUGCGGGCACUUCACUAUCUCCACAAACGCCGAAUCACCCAUCGCGAUAUCAAACCGGACAACAUCUUGAUCGCUUCUCUGGACCCCCUGCGAAUCAAACUGUCGGACUUUGGGCUCUCAAAAGUUACCCAGGAGGAGACAUUCUUAAAGACAUUUUGCGGUACACUAUUGUACUGCGCACCCGAAGUGUACCCCGACUAUGAGACAUACCGGCGCGGCGAAGUCAGAAAGAGACGCCGUGUUGGGGAUCCUCCUCCAAAAACGUCUCCUUACAGCCAGUCAGUCGACAUGUGGUCACUAGGCGCUGUGUUGUACCACAUUCUGUGUGGAGUCCCUCCAUACUCUGGACGCGCUGAAGACCGCGGUGUGGCCAUGCUUCGUAGCAUCAUGGAAUCGGAGGCUGAUUUCAAUAUCCUGCGAAGUGAGGGUGUAUCAGAAUCCGGCAUCCACUUUGUCUCUCAACUCCUCAACCGAGAUCCUUUCUCCCGACCCUCGGAAAAGCAAUGCUUCCAGCAUCCAUGGAUUUCCGAGGUCCUGGAUGUGGAUGAGUAUGAAGACGAUGACAUUAUGGAAGAUACACGCGAUGCUCUCUCGGUUAUAGGAGAGGCCGAAGAGGAGCUUGAUGCGUCCCAGCUGUCUAUCCAUGAAGAGGCUGCAUACACCUAUGCGGCCGGUGGAGAAGAGUCCAGCAGCAACGAAGCUCUCGCCAAGAAACCACGCAUCGAAUACAUCCCUGCGGACAUUCGGUACCCAUCACUGCCCCAAAUCGAGAGUUUCCAGGAUGGUCAGAUUGUCGCCGAGACUCACGCAAGACGGCUCUUUGGUGAAGUCACUUCUUCAGCUCUACGCAGCUCCCAUGCCCUUGGCCACACCGGGUCCUGGGAUGACGGUGACUAUGAUGCCGAGGGCUUUGCUUCUUCUGGUGAGUCGGUGAGCGACGACCGCAGUGUCUAUUCGAUCAUAUCUCUCCCGGAACAGCCCUUCGGCGGCACGGCACCCAGCCUGAUGGGCGCAGAGAAUCUCGUUAGACGACUGAAUAUGAACUCCUCGCACCCUCUAUUCCCUGCACAGACCGGCUUGGUUAACCAAAUCUCGACGCGGCAGACCAGCCCUGGACAACCCACGGUCCCCACGGAGUUCGCAAAAGCAGGGAGCACCCCACGUGAGGUGAUCCCACCUACAUCCAGUGUCAACGAGACAACACCUAAGGCGCCUAAACUCUCACGCCGUAUCGACCUGGAGUUACCCGAGACCGCCAGCGAGCGUUCUGACAGCAGUGCGCCAGCCAGUCGCCGACAAUCUACUCAACCCCCCGAGACGCCCGCAGAGGCGGACUACGAUGUCGACUUUGCGACUACCUUGGAUGCGCAAACCGGCCAGGCCAUCCUGGAGCAACUACACUCGGCCGACGAGGAGCCCUCGGACCCGAUCGUCCAUGAACAGCCCGACGCGCCCGGCAUCCCUAUUAACAUGCCGGUCACUGAGUUCACCAAGCCUCCCAAACUUCUGGGGAGAUUGAGAAGCCUUCCCGGCUCGAUGUUUGAUCUAAACAUCCGCCUCGAAAACCGAAUGACCUCGUGGGGCCGUGGACCCGACGCAACAAUCCGCCAUCCAGACAACAUGGACGUGCGCAUACCCGCCUAUGCACUCGAAAUCACCUUCUGGGCCCCUGGACUUGAACGUCGAAUUGCCGAAGGAGAAGACUGGACACAAGUGCCCGGCGUGAUGGCCGUCCUCUCCACCAAAACACGCAAAUGUAUUUGGGUCAACGGCAUGGAGCUGCGCAAGGGAGGCCCGGAAGGAUUACAGUUCGGCAAGCUCUACACGGGCGAUAUUAUCACCAUCUACAAACAUAAGGAUAAUGGGGAGUUUCUGCGACUACGAUGCGAGUUCUACCACGGCGAGAGCGCGCAGCCCCGACCUACUCACGAGGCCGGGUUCGUGGUGCGCCAGGCACUCGUGGGCAAACCGGACAGCGCCAAUCGACCUGCCCGGUCGAACCGCAUGAAGGAAGCCGAGUGA